AUGCACGGGAUCUCGAAACACUUUCGCCCCCGCGUGGUUGCGGCGUGGAUGCGCCAUCGAGCGACCGCGACGGCAACGGCGGUGGCGCCGGCCAAGCGACGCCUGUCCCUUGCUGCCACCUCCCUCUCAUCAUCAAAGGACGACAACGGCCACGCCCAUGGCCACGCCCAUGGCCACAUGCACGGCCACAUGCACGGCCACAUGCACGAUGAGCCGCAGUGCUCGUUUGUUGGCCCGGAUGGCAAGCCCGUGUGCGCGACCAACACGGUGGAGACGCUGCGGCGCUCGUGCCCUGCUGGCACGACGUCGGUGCCGCUGCCGGAGCACGAGCCCAUGGAGACGAUCGAGAGCAGGCAUCCGCCGGUGAUGGACGUGGACCCUGCCACGGUGAGCCAGGGCCUGCGCCUCAACAACGCGGGCCAGUGCCCGUUCCUGAAGGAGGUAGGCCACCAGAUCAAGGACAAGCCCGUGGUGCAAGCAGCACUGCAGUCGCGCCACCCAGAGUCUGGCAAGCUGUUCAAGGCCGUGAUUGACGACGCCCUGCUCACCGUGCUCAAGCAGCUGCGCCAGCAGAAGCGGUACCGCGAGUUUCUCUACUUCAAGCGCUCCGUCGGCCAGCACCCGGAGGUGGUGCACACCCUGCACCCGGGCCACAACCAGUUUCUCCCGCCCGGCAGCGACACCAUUCUCCCGCAAGGCGUCACUUCGCAGCCGCACGCCAACGCGUCCACCGUCGCUGGCGUGUCAUCGUCGUCAUCAGCGGGACACGCGGCGGCCGUGGACGAGCAUGAGCACCGGUCAGUGAAGCAGGACCGCGUGGUGGUCAACUGGUGCUCCAACGACUACCUGAACAUGGCGCACCACCCAUCCGUGAUUGAGGCCAUGCAGCGGGCGCUGGUCGAGCAAGGCGCCGGUGCUGGCGGUACGCGCAACAUCUCCGGGUCAAACGUCGUGCACGUGGAGCUUGAGAAUGAGCUGGCAUCGCUCUGCGACACUGAGGCUGCCCUCAUCUUCAACUCAUGCUACACCGCAAACCUUGGGGUGAUGGAGGCGCUGUCAUCCACGCUCAAGGGGGAGACGGUGAUCAUAUCGGACCAGGAGAACCACGCGUCCCUCGUGCAGGGCAUCCGAAACACCCGCCUGCCCAAGAAGAUUUUCCGCCACAACGACCUUGAUCAUCUCGAACAGAUUCUCAAGGACACGCCCCGCGACACAAACAAGGUUGUGGUGUUUGAGAGCGUGUACUCCAUGUCCGGGACAAUGGCACCCGUGUCGGCCAUCCUUGACCUGUGCGAGGAGUACGGUGCACUCUCUGUCAUCGAUGAGGUGCAUGCUGUUGGUCUCUAUGGCGAGCAGGGCGCAGGCAUUCUGGACAUGAUUGGCCAGCGCGGCAGGGCAGACAUCGUCACAGGCACGCUCGGCAAGGCGUUUGGCGUGAGCGGCGGGUUUGUUGCGAGCAAGCGGCACGUGAUUGACGUGAUCCGCUCCACAGCGCCGUCGUUCAUCUUCACCACGUCCAUGUCCCCAGUGGUGGCGGCGGGCGCGCUGGCGUCGGUGCGACACGUGCGGCAGCAGGGCGAGGACCGCGCUGUGAUGAUGGUCACAUGCAGCCGCAUCAAGCAGCGCAUGAUUGACGCCCACCUCCCGCUCAUGUCCACGCAGACGCACAUCAUGCCGCUGCUUGUGGGUGAGGGCAGCCUGUGCAAGCGCCUCUCUGACGAGUUGCUUGCGCUCGGUAUCUACGUGCAGCCCAUCAACUACCCGUCUGUGCCCAAGGGCGAGGAGCUGUUGCGGUUCACGGCGGGCCCAAAGCACACGGAGAAGCACAUUGCCCACCUCAUCUCAUGCCUGUCAGACGUGUUUUCCCGCCACGGCCUGCUCACCACGCAGACGACCAACCCAAAGCUGGACGCCGUGGCCGCCAGCGCCUCCGCCACACAAUGA